AUGGAUUAAAAUAAUGAGGAGGAAGAAUAGGGAAGAAGCGCUUAACAAAGAGUAAAAGUAAUUGAUAGAUAUAGUCAUAAUCAAGAGUGGAUCCAUCUUCACCAAUUAAGAGAAAUAGCCAAGCUGAAGUAGAAUAAGCAACAAGAACAGUAACACAUAGAAAAUCUGUAAAUUUAGGUGUAAAAAGCACUAGGACAAAUUUUGAAUUGAAUCAAGGAUUUCGGGUAAUAAUUGAUAUUAUUUUUAAGCAUAAAGUAGAAAUAUUUUUAGAAAGUCUUAAUUACAUGAUAUUUAUGACAUUUGUAACUGUAUACGCAUUAUUUGGAGAUGAUGUGCGAGUAUUAGCUACAAAUAAGGUAUUUUUAAUAUUAAAGAGGAUGGAGACGAAGUAUUUUGGGUAAUAACAGCAAUUUGUAUGAGUCUCUUUUUUAUAGAGAUUGUAAUAGCAUCUUUUUGUAAAGUAUAAUGAUAUACAUAUAUAUAAAUAAGGAUGGAUACUUUGUUGGUUUUUUUUUUUGGCUUGAUUUAUUAUCCACAGUAUCAAUGUUAUUAGAUAUUGGUUGGGUGAGUAAUGCAAUUUUUGGAACUAGUGGAGGAGCUGCAUUAAGUGCAGUAUCAUUAGCAAGGUUUUAUUAAAUAUUAUUUUUAUUUAGAGCUGGAAGAGCAUCUAGAGUCGGUACUAGAGCUGGAAGAAUUGUAAGAGUUGUAAGAUUAGUAAGAUUAUCAAAAUUAUAUAAACAUGCCAAAUAAUCUUUAGAGAAGGAAGCAGAAAAAUUAUUGGCAGAAGAAAUGAAAGAAGAGAACUUAAUGGAUAAUAAUAAUAAUAAUAAUAAUAAUAAUAAUAAUAAUAAUAAUAAUAAUAAUAAUAAUAAUAAUAAUAAUAAUAAUAACAACAAUUAGAUUGAAGAACCUUAAAGAUAAGAAUAACUUAAUGAUGCAAUUUCAUCUUAAAAAUCAGUAGAUUCAUCUGAAAGAAAUGUUAAACAAUCAGGAAUCAAUAUUAUUUAAUAAUAAUAGGUAGCUAAAAAGUUUUAACAACGAACCUCUAUAAUUAUGUAUAAUGGAUAAUCAAAUAAUAAUUAAAUUAAUUAAGAAAAUGAUUAAAGAUUCUAAAGAAGACAAACUAGAAAAAUUAUUAUGUCUGGAUAAAUUUAAUCACUUACAACUAUUUAAAAAAGAAAGUCUAUUAUUAUACAAUCUCCAAAUAAAUUAUCACAAAAUCGUUAAAUAGAUGAAGGAGAAAUUAAAGAAACAAAUAUUGGUAAAGAACUAACUGAAUUAACAAAUAAAAGAGUAAUUACUAUUGUCAUGCUCAUUUUGUUUAGUGUUCCUAUAUUAAAUUUAAGCACAUAUAUUGAUUAAAAUGUCAGCUUUACUACAGGAUUAUAAGCAAUACAAUAUUGGGCUAAGGAUCCUGAAAUUUAUGAUUAUCUUAUUAAAGAUUUUAUCACAUUUCAUGAACCUUUAAGAACGAACUUGGUGUUCUUUGAAAUUAAUACUACAAUAUACUAUCCAAAAGAAGAUCCUUAUUAAUAUGAAAAUUAGAGAACAACGUCUUUGUAAUAUUAUACUACAACGGAUUCUGAAGGAAAUGAUGCAAUAUCAAUUUGUUUAACAACAGCAGAUGAUGAAUUAAAUGCAAUUUUAUCAAUAAUAAGAACAAUUUUUGUAUCAAUAGUACUUUCAGUGGCAGCAGUAAUGUUUAGUAGAGAUGUUUAAGAUUUAAUUUUAACCCCUGUGGAGAAAAUGUUAGAGACAGUAAAAAAGAUAGCAGAAAAUCCUUUAGUAGCAGCUUAAGAAGAGGAAAAUAAAGCAUUUAUAUAAAUGAUGGAGAAUGGUGAAAUGAAAGAAUUAGAAGAUAAGGAAGAUGAUAAAUUAGAAACAGUUAUACUGUAGAAAUUGAUUGUUAAGAUUGGAAGUUUAUUAGCUUUAGGAUUUGGAGAAGCUGGAUCAUAAAUAAUAGCUUAAAAUAUGGGUGCUAAUGCAUCUAUAAAUCCUAUGUUACCAGGUAAAAAAGUUAUGGCAAUAUUUGGAUUUUGUGACAUUCGAAAUUUUACAGAUGCAACAGAAGUUUUAUAAUAAGAUGUAAUGGUAUUUGUAAAUGAAAUUGCUGAAAUUGUUCAUGGUGUUGUAGAUUAAUUUUCAGGAAGUGCAAAUAAAAAUAUAGGAGAUGCAUUUUUAUUGGUUUGGAAAUUCGGUGAAAGUGAUUAUUAUUAGGAUAAAAAUGGUAAUCUAAGUUUAAAAUCUUAUGAACAUAUUGCAUAAAUAGCUGAUAUGUCAAUUUUAUCAUUUGUAUCUAUUAUUACAAAUGUUACACUAUCAUAAAAAUUAUAAAAAUAUAAAUAACAUGAAGGAUUGAAUAAUAGAAUACCAAAUUAUUGUGUUAAAAUGGGAUUUGGUUUACAUGUUGGAUGGGCUAUUGAAGGAGCUAUUGGUUCAGAAUAUAAAAUAGAUGCAUCUUAUUUAAGUCCAAAUGUUAAUAUGGCAUCAAGAUUAGAAGCAGCCACAAAACAAUUUGGAUCUAUGAUACUCAUCUCAGGAUAAUUAAGAAAUGUAGCCACUACAAUAACCUAAAAGAAUCUUAGACAUAUUGAUAGAGUAACUGUUAAAGGUAGUAUUGAACCUAUGGAUAUUUAUACUGUUGAUUUAAAUGUUGAUUCUUUAAUAAGAAAAAUUAAUAAAAAAAAGACUGUUAUAGAUUUCAAUAAGAAAGAAAAAUAAAAAUAAGUUCCUCUUUAAGAAUCAGAAUAAUCUAAAUAAAAAAAGAAGUAAAAAGUUUUAAGAAGAAUGAAAAGAGAUAAGCUCAAAUAAGCUGUUUUAAAGAAUCAUGUUGCUAUAUCAGAAACAUGGAUUAAAGAUAAUCACAUUAAAUAAUCUAGAGCUCUCUUUAACAAAGUAAAGCAUACCUAUUAUUUAUUUAGGAAUUUUAUCAUAAAUGGGAAUAAGGGUUUUCCAGCUAUUUAUCUGGUGAUUGGGAUUAAGCGAAAACUUUAUUCGAGGAAACUUUAGUAUUCUAUUUUUUUAAUUUCUAGAAUUUCUUACCCAAUUAUAAAGAUGGUCCAAGCAAUACUCUAUUAAGAGUUAUUAAAGAAGAGCCCUACUUAAAAAACAAUUGGAAAGGCUAUCGUGAACUCACUGAAAAAUGA